UUACAACUUGUAAUAUCAUACUUAAUAGUAUCCAUGGUAGUAGGGUUGCCUACUACCUACUGCCAAAAUUGGUAUAUCCCUUAAAAACGGCAACAUCGGAUAUCAGAGCAUAGGCGGGCGUUGAAGCAGCGUUUCAUCCGGUUUAUCUAUGCGGUAGACACCGGAAUGAAACACCGGAAUGAAAUGUAAUUUUUUAUUGGAUGUCGAUUUUGUAUCGAAGCGACCAUAGAUGUGCUGGGUGAGAUAUAUUAGUUCUUCUUAGUUGAAGCUGUCGCUUGUGAAGUGGCGGAUAGAGGUCGCUACAGUCUCCAGCCAAUCACUUGUCAAACUGAGAAAAAAAUAUAACCUCUACAAACCGGUUGCCAAAAAUUGAAAUUUUUCGCAUUUGUAAUUUUAAUAUUAACAGUAAAUACUAGUGUCUUCAAUCCAUAUAAAAUGGCCGAUGAGUUAGAUGUUAUUCCAUCUAUCACAGUGAAAGAACCGCUUGAUUUAGUUCGUCUAAGUUUAGAUGAGAAAAUCUAUGUGAAAAUGAGGAAUGAUCGAGAACUAAAGGGCAGGUUACAUGCCUAUGAUCAACACAUGAACAUGAUUCUUAGUGAUGUCGAAGAAACAAUCACCACCGUGGAGAUUGAUGAGGAAACAUAUGAAGAGGUAUACAAGUCCACCAAAAGAAAUAUACCUAUGCUUUUUGUUCGUGGAGAUGGAGUAAUCCUUGUCUCGCCACCUAUAAGAACGUCGUAGUUAGGUUUUUUUACAAUAUGUAUACUUAAUAUGAAGUUAGGAUGCGAAAAUAAUUUUUAACAAAAUUAUAUUAUAAUUAAAAAUACAUUGUU